CGCCGAACAAGCGGUAUUGAAUGACAGCGUAUAUUGAACCAAUUCGUUAUACAUUCGGUCUUCAAAGCGACCAUUGCUGCUUCACAUUCACUACAGCAAAAGCCACACCAAGAGCGGGCCGGGGAUACUUUACACUGUUUGUAAUUCCAUUCCGGGAUUACCUGCGUUUAAUACCAUUGGUACCAUUGCGAUCGAAAAAGUUGUCUUUACAAUCAGUUUCAUUCGUUGCCGGUGCCAUCGUUGCGAUUUGAAUCCUAUCCUUGGCAUGGGGGAAAAGGCAAAGAACAUGGCGGCCUCAAUUGCAUCUCCGCUUGCGAAUUCGUCGAGCCAUUUAUCAUCUUCACAGCCAUUUGUUUCACCAUCAUCAUCAUCCAACUCGCAAGUUUCUCAUUUAUCAUAUCUGUCACGCCCUUUACAUUCUCCGCAGUCUCGACAAUCUCGACGGUCUGAUUUACCUGCCGCAUCUUCACGAGCUCAAAAUGCACAAAUCCAUUGCGCAUCUACAACUGCGCACGAUAUACCCAUAGAACACGAAUCUUUAUCGUCCACUUCUUGCUCACUGUCCCGUUCGCGUUUCUUUGCCCAAUCUCAACCGGGCAAUUCGUCAUUGCAAACACCCAACUCUUCUAAUAUCUUUGUCAAAAUCAACCUCCUCAAUCUUUUUAGGGUUCUCAAUCUCCUCACCCCCCUCACAUCCCUCACAUCCCUCGCAGCAUUCUUCCUCUUCCUCUUUGCCUUCCAUGUUUCCCCCGCCAGCGCAGCAUGCGAGUGCGGAUACAAGAUGCAAGACACGGGCGCGCUGUAUACCAAUAUGUUACUCAACAAUUUCACGCUCUACGCCGACUCGGCCGCGCCGCUGGACUCGUCGAAUCCCAACCCCGCCGCAGAGAGCUUUGCACGCGACUGGACUGUGCAAUCCUGGGCCGCGCCCCGGGAUGCGCAAAACCCUCUGGCGCGCCAGAAUAACGAGUCUAACGUCUAUAUCCAAAAUGGGGCGCUGGUGCUCCGUCAGACGGGAUUCUCGGCGCAAGAUGCCAAGGCGAAUAAAAGCGUGGGCAUUGCGGCGAUUGUGAGCAAUAGGGAUGAUUUCCUACACGGCAGUUUUCGGGCAGAGCUGAAAGUAUCGGAUGAACGCGGCAGCGUUGGGGGGUUCUUUUGGUAUCAUAAUGAUACCAAUGAGAUUGAUAUUGAAGUUCUCACAAAAGAACAAAAUACUACGACUAUCCACUACACUACCCAUCCGUCUGUGUAUGCGUCAAACGGAAGCGUUGUCCCUGGCGCUUCCACACCGGUCACGCUUCUCCAGCCUUGGACAGAUUUUCAGUUCCAUCGCUUCGACUGGCUGCCGGAUUCGAUUACUUUUUAUCAAGGCGACAAACCGGUUCAUUCGACGGGCGUGAAUGUUCCUUUUGCCGAGGAUCUACCUGCUCGUAAUUCUGCGCAGAAGAAGGCAGCAGGUCCGCGGACCUCGGAUAGUCUUGACAAUGGUGGCUACACUGCCGGAUCUGGCGAUACGGGCGGCGACUCUGGCAGUGGAACCGGAGGAGACGGGAGCACCAAUACCACGCAAUAUACCCGCGGCGGCACGAUCCAGUUCAAUCUCUGGGCAGACGGAAGCCAGUGGUCUGGUCCGCCCAGCACGACCGACGUAUACAUGUAUGUCCGCGGUAUAGUCUUUUACUACAAUACCACGGCGAGCGACGCCGGACUGGAUGAGCUUUAUGAGCAGAACUGUAAGAAAGCCGGAGGCGUCAAGGGUAAAAUGGCAGUCUGUGAAGUCGUUGGCCCGCAAGGAAGCGUUGUGGUCCAGAGCGGCGCAAAUAGUCGGUUUACAGGACCAUGCGGCUGGUGGGUAAAGGGAAUGGGUUCGUGGAUGGUGGUGUAUUUGGCUCUCGUGCUCGGUUUGAUGAGUGCGCUGGGUAUUAUUGCAUAAUCGUGAUUAUGGCCCAGGACACUCUUGGAGGUGUGCGUCUGAGAGAAAAGUAAUGUCUCUCGAGACAGCCAAUGGGUCUCGAGGACGGAUAUAAAAUCUAAGGAGUAUUUAAU